CAUCGUCUUUUUUAGCUUUAAUCUUAAGACGAUAGGCUGGUUCUUUCUCAAGAAUUCACCGAUUGACAUCUCCCGACAUUUCCUGAUACCAACCAGCCGUCUUGAGGCCCAACCAAAUAUCAAAGUUUCACCAGUCGUUGUCUAGUACUCGGAAUCGCAGGUCUACCAUAUUGCCGUUUGGUUGGCGGGGAAAGCGAAGGUCCUAGCACAACAAUGAAGCUCAUAGUGGUCUUAUCGCUUUUAAAAAUCACCUUUGCAACCACUUCAAACUGGACGAAUUCCGAUGAGCUAUUGAUUUUUGACGGAAAUCCUUACGGCAGACGGGCUGUGCUGGUCAGAGGCGAUCCUAACGAGCCAUGUCACAUCUACGGUCAAAAGAACCAGAUUCAAUUUAUCGAAAACCUUCCGGAUCGGCCAACUAUCCGGAUGAUUAAUCAACAGGAAUGGUCGGCAGUUCUCGACGAAUGCCAGAGGCAACUUCUGGCUGCUAAUCCAACAUCAAAUCCUGUUGACAUACAUUUCAUCUAUCCAGGCACCAAAUGGUGUGGACCAGGAAAUGUUGCCAAUGCUUUCGACGACCUAGGGACUCAUGUAGCUACUGACACGUGCUGUCGUGAUCACGACAACUGUGGCGACAAAAUGAACCCCGGAGCUUGUAAAAAUGGGUUGUGCAACAACUCGAUCUUCACCAAAUCCAAUUGCCACUGCGAUGACCAGCUACGUCAUUGCUUGCUGAACUCGAAUGACGAAGCAAGUUUUCCGGUGGGCUUAAUUUAUUUCAACGUUGCGGCCAUCACCUGCUACCAGCAAACUCCUGAUUGUUCAAACCAAGAAUCAAGGCGGCGACACCGCAAAUAUUUUCGAAACUUGGAUGAGAAUGAGGAUCCAGAAAGUGGGUGGUGCUUUGUUCGUCCUCAGCCAUUCAGAAAAUCGAGGAACGAGAAUCGCUCCCUUUGAAAGCUCAACACACAUUACUAGAACCACAAUGAAAGUUCCUGAAAGUCCGCUGCUUGUAGUGUUUUACGACUCUGUAUAAUCGGGCAGUUUUAAUUAAUCAAUGCAUAAAUUUGAAUAAUCGUUGAAUAUGACUGCAUAGCAUACCUAAAUGUUUUUGAAACUGUCUGUAUCACGUUUUCGACUUCGUAACAUUGCCGAAAUAUCUGGCAGUGGCUAGUAGAGCACGUUCGACUCCUCGACCUUUCAAAGGAAAACAUUUAGUUAGUAAUGCAGUAUUUCAUUUUGUAG